CACGCGCCUCUAUCUACGAUCGAAUCGACUGACUGACUGACUGCGCGCCCAAGCAACCCGCUUGGGUGAAACUGCUAUCGACGCUUCCUGUGUGGUCAGCGUAAUCGACGAUCGACUGACUGCCAGCUCAAGAACCCGCUUCGGUGAAAACUGCUAUCGAGGCUUCCUGUGUGCUUAGUGGGGUUGGUGUGUCGGCGAACCACGUGGUAGGUCCCUUGCUGGUCGACGGGGUGAGAUGACGACGCUGUGUGCAACUCCGACCACGCCGCAGUUCUGACGGACGAUCGACUUACGACGACAAUCCGAGCUGGGAAAAAAAAAAAAAAAAUCCGGCUGUCGAGGUCGAUUUGCGGCGGGGGGAGGUUCUUUCUCGGCCGUACGUACCGUACGUCAUUUCAACAGUGUUCGGAAGCUUCGUGCGACUCGUUGCGAACCCACCUAGACUCGACGGCCCGGCGAGAACCGGAGAAGGACGUGCGUCGUGGUGACCGACCAACCCCGGCGCGCAUCGUACCCGAGGAACGAGCACGAUACCACACUGCUCGUGGGUUUUGUUCCGCGUCCGAGUGUUUGCACCGCUUCCCGCGUGAGUCGGGGUUGAAGAAGAAGAAAAAAAAAAAAGAAGACAGAAAGGAGACGUUGCGGAACGCAUCGAUGCCUUGAGAAACCUUCCGGCGCGAGACCCGCACACCUGGCUUUGUGGUUCCUGUAGAUUACGCCUCCGUUAACAACGGGAGAGUGGCGCGCCGAGACGGAUACACGUUCGAUCGUCGAAGAGGAAAGGAGGCGGAAGCGAAAGCUUUGCUGGCCACCCGCUGCACGUGGCUCUGCGUGGCGGCAAGUGUUUGUUGCGUGACCCUCGGGCAUUCUGCCGGCCGGAUUCGCCGCCGCCGCUGGCUUCUUCGACCGGGAGGGGGCGAGGGAAAAAAGAAAAAGAGAGAGAGAGAGAAGCCGUUGCCGCACUUUCGUCGCUUCCACCGUUCCGAACUCGCCGUUCGUUGCCUUUCCCGCGUGAUACCUGGUUUCUUCGUCGUAGUCGGCAACACCACCACACCAUGACCGGCUGCCGGGUUUUCUCCUAACCGAUGCUCACGCUCAAGGUGGUGGUGGUCGGAAGCUGCGCCUGCGGGAAGACCACGCUGAUACGGACUUUCCUGCGCGAUGACGUCAGGGGCUCCGUGCCCGCGCCGACCGUCCAGGAAGUCUACGUCGGUCACAUGCAGCACGACGGCAAGAAGGUCCGGCUGGUCAUCUGGGACACGGGCGACUCGGACCUGCUGUGCGACCCGCACCGGGCCUCUUGCUACGCCGAAGCCGACGUGGUGCUCGUCUGCUUCUCGGUGCGCGACAUAUUCUCCGGCAGCGAGGUGCCGACCCGCUGGGCGACCGAAGUGCGACACUUCAACCCGAACGUGCCCGUGCUGCUGGUCGCCACGCAAAUGGACCUUCGCGAGGACCCCGUGACCGUUCAGGAGCUGGCGCAGAUCAAGUGCCGGCCCUCUAGCGUCGCCGAGGGUCUACAGCUGGCCCAAAAGAUCCAGGCGGCGCACUACGUCGAGUGCUCGGCGUUAGACCUUGCCAGCGUGCGCAAGGUCUUCGAGAGCGUGUUACACACCUGCCUCAGGACGACGCAAAGUCGACAGAAGAAGUCAAGGUGGAAGUGCUGCUGCUGACGUCAUCAUGCGCGGAACAAUUCCUCUGUAUCUAGUCACACGACACGCUGGGCCAAAGAAUCGAACGGUGUCAUUUGGCUGCAGGCAGGCUUUCAGCUACAUUCCAAUUGACGUUCAUUUAUGCACGACCUGCCGCUGCACUCCUUGCUGCAGCCUGUGUGGGGAGACGUCUACUGUUGCGAACUAUAUGUGCCUUUAUUUUGCAGGUGACCUGAUAUUUUUAGAGGAGAUAUUUUCAACACAUCUUUGCCAGGAAAGUCUAUUUAUAGCCUAUACAUAGCACGUUAUGUUGCGGCAUGUUCUGCUUGCGAGAGUCGCCAAACGAUAUCCGCAGGGUACAAAGAUAGCGUUGUUUAUCGUUUGUUGUUGUUAACGACCGAAAGUGUGAUAUGCGAGCCGUAUGUGUUGUGUCAGUCGCGAGGUUGACGUCAGGUUCUCGCAAAUGAUUGAGACUUUAGCGAGAGAGAGAAGCUCUUAAAAGUAAGGGAUGUGAUAUGCGGUUUAGGUAUUUUGGGACCAAUUACGUGAGCUGACGAAGAGUUUGUUGACAAGACGCUUGCACGUUGAUGUUUUUAAAUGAGUGUUGUUCAUAAAGAUGUAUUUAUGCCCAAACCA